AUGCCCAAAGGUCGUGGCCCUCGCAAACCCGCCAGUCUCAGAGCGUCCCAGAGCGGUCAACGUCACACGAUGUCACACCUUAUUACCGAACAAUCCCUCCCCCCUCGUGUAAAGACGGUCACCGUUUGCGAUGACAGCCCUGAUAGCUCCGACGCCGCCUCCACCACUUCUUCCAACACAAACAUAACCACCUCCAGUCUGCCCGCUACCUCUCCUACCAUUGAGACCACGUCCGUCAAGAAAGCCAUGGCCCGCAAAUCUUCAUCUCCUAUGGCCCCGCCGUUCAUGGUGUCCGCUCCAGGAAAGGUCAUCGUCUUUGGGGAACAUGCUGUCGUCUAUGGUAAGGCAGCUAUGGCCGCUGCUAUCUCUCUCCGCUCCUAUUUCCUCGUCACCACCCUAUCCAAGUCGCAGCGCACUAUCACUUUAAACUUCCGAGACAUUAAGUUCGAUCACACCUGGAACAUCGAUGAACUACCGUGGGACCUCUUCAAACAGCCUUCCAAGAAGAAGUACUACUACGACCUGGUUACUUCCCUCGAUACGGAGUUGUACGACGCGAUUUUACCCCACGUUCAAGACAUAUCGCCCCAUGCGCCGGAGGAUUUGCGCAAAAUCCACCGUCGCUCUGCCUUGGCAUUCCUAUACCUCUUCUGCUCCCUGGGCUCGCCUCAGAGCCAUGGUGCUAUCUAUACCCUUCGAUCCACCAUCCCCAUUGGGGCUGGGCUCGGAAGCAGUGCUAGUAUCUGCGUCUGCAUGAGUACGGCUCUACUACUUCAAAUUCGCACACUGGCUGGGCCACACCCCGAUCAACCCCCAGAUGAGGCGGAGCUCCAGAUCGAGCGCAUCAAUAGAUGGGCUUUUGUGGGAGAAAUGUGUAUGCAUGGCAACCCGAGCGGAGUGGACAACACUGUCUCCGCAGGCGGCAAGGCAGUGUUCUUCCGCCGCGAAGAUUACACUAAGCCGCCUACCGUGGUGCCUGUACCGAAUUUCCCCGAACUGCCCCUUUGGUUGAUCGACACACGACAGGCACGGUCCACAGCGAUCGAGGUCGCUAAGGUGGCAAAGCUCAAGGAGGAGCAUUCCUUGGUGACCGAAUCGAUGCUGGAUGCAAUCGAAAAGGUGACCGUAACCGCCAAAGACGCCAUUAAGAACGCGGACGGCAAACCUCUGGACCAGAAGGAGCUCGAGAGUUUUGGUUCCUUGCUCCGCAUUAACCAUGGGUUGCUUGUGUCGUUAGGCGUGUCGCACCCGCGACUGGAGCGCAUCCGCGAGCUGGUCGACUUUACCGAUAUUGGUUGGACAAAGUUGACAGGUGCUGGUGGAGGUGGAUGUGCAAUCUCCAUUCUUCGCCCGGAUGCCAGUAAAGAGGCUCUGCAAGAGCUGGAGCAAAAGCUGCUCGAGGAUAACUUCAUGAAAUACGAAACCACCUUGGGUGGUGACGGCGUGGGUGUCCUGUGGCCGGCGGUUUUGCGCAACGGGUCCGAUGAGGAGGGUGGUGAGGAGAUCGACCAGCAGAAGUUCGAGAAUGCCGAUGGCACUGAUGGCAUCGAAAGACUCGUCGGUGUGGGCGUCCAGGAGAAACGCGAAGGCUGGAAGUUCUGGAGACGGGCAGUAUGA